AUGGGGAUUGUAUCGCAUUCGGUGAUCAUCGGGCUCUCUUUGGGCGUUUCGCAGAGCCCAUGUACCAUCGAACCUCUUGUUGCUGCUCUCUCCUUUCACCAGUUCUUCGAGGGUUUUGCCUUGGGUGGCUGCAUUUCUGAGGCUCAGUUCAAGAAUUUCUCUGCACUCCUGAUGGCUUUCUUCUUUGCUAUCACAACACCUGUUGGGAUCGCCAUGGGGGCGGGGAUCGCUUCGUUCUACAACGCCAACAGCCCCAGGGCAUUGGUCGUGGAGGGCAUUCUUGAUUCAAUGUCGUCCGGAAUACUGAUAUAUAUGGCUUUAGUGGAUCUCAUUGCUGCUGAUUUCCUUAGCCGGAGGAUGAGCUGCAACCCGAGGCUGCAAGUGUGCUCAUAUGUUGCCCUGUUUUUUGGGGCUAUUGCCAUGUCAGCACUUGCUAUCUGGGCUUAG